CCUGAUCGCCCUGGCGACGCCGUCCGAGCACCUGGCGAUCCAGCAGACGCUCGAGAAGCUCCAGACCGAUGGCCGACGUGUCGACGUGAUCCCCGUCAAGAAAGUGAACCCGACGACCGCCGCGGCGCUCGUGAAUCGGCUCUUCAACCCCACCGUCGGCGACGCGAAGACGCGCGACCCCAACGCCCCCGUCAUCGAGGCCGACCGCUACUCCGACGCGCUGUUGGUGCGCGGCACGGCCGACCAGGUGCGGCAGGUCCGCGAACUGUUGCAGCGAGCCCUCGAGCAGAUCGAGACCCUCUGGCCGACGUACCGCGAAAACCCGCUGCGGGUCACCAACCCGGGGCAGGGGAUCCCCAGCUUCCGCCCCGGCGCCGAAGUCGAGCGCGAGCUCGAGCAAGGCGAUGACCCGCUCGACAUGCUCUACGGCGAACCCGCUUCGCAAGAGCAGCCGCCGCGCCGAUCGACCAAGCCAAACAGCCGGACGACCUCGGCGCCGACGACGGGCUCGCCGUUUCGCUUCGCGGCCCAGCCAGGAGAGACGGCCGAAGAGGCUGCCGAAGAGACCGACGGCGCCGAGCCGAUCUACAUCUCGCCGGGCGUCGGCUCGACGGUGAUCGCCAGCCGCGACGCCGAGGCGCUCGACGCGCUCGAGGACCUGCUCGCCUCGGUGCUCGACAUGCAGACCACCGGCGGCAAGGAGUACGCGGUCUACUACCUCAAGUUUUCCGAAGCGACGACCGCCGCGGCGCUGCUCACGACCAUCUUCGGCGGCGACAGCGGCGGCGGUGGCGGCAGCCUGAUGGGCGACCUCGCCGGCGCCGCGAUGGGUGGCGGAGCGGGCGGCGACCUCGUCGGCGACCUGCUCGGCAUGGGGGGCGGCGCGACCGACAGCGUCGGCUUCAGUUCCGUCUCGGUUGAUAUCGUCCCCGACGUGCCCCUCAACGCCCUGUACGUCUACGCGACGCCGCAGGACCUGCAAACCGUCAAUCGAUUGCUCCGCGUCAUCGACCAGCCGCGCGGCCCGGACCGCAUCGAGUCCGUCGGCGUGCCGCGGCUCAUCAAGCUCUACAACACCGAAGUUUCUGAAGUCGCGACGGUGGUCAGGCAAGUCUUCGAGGACCGUAUCGGCUCGUCCGCCGGCGGCGGCGGGCAACCCAGCCCGCAAGAGCUGCUCCGCGCCCUGCAGGGCGGCGAGAAGGGCGCCAACGACCAAGAGCCUGAGAAGAUGUCGAUCGGCAUCGACGAGCGCAGCAACUCGCUGGUGGUCCGUUCGAGCGAGCCGCUCUUCGAAGAGGUGAAGACGCUCGUCGAACAACUCGACCGCGCCGGCGUCGAACGCCCGGUCUCGACGCGCGUCGUGUCGCUCCGCAACACGGGGAGCGAGGCCCUCAAAGAGACGCUCGUCUCGCUGCUGGGCGACAAAGCGGUCGUCAGCGGCGAAACGCCGGCGGCCCAGAACGAUCAAUCCCGCCGAGAGUCGGGUCGCGGCGAGAGCAACAACAACGACGAUGCCGAUCGCCAACGCC